GGGUCUCCCUUGCCCACACGCAUCCUUAACCCUCCUUGUGCUGGGUCCCGCUUCCAUGGAUCCCGAACCCGAUCAACCCUCCUCGACAGCCGCCGACGCGGCUCCUGCCCAGCCGCCCAGCUCGCCUUCCCAGCCUGAUGCUCAGGCUACAAGCGAGGGGCCCGACUCAGGUCGCGCCGCUGUCGCCGCAGCCGCAGGUUCCAUGAGCCGGGACGCCGACGUCGACAUGAAGGAAGUGGAGCUGAACGAGCUGGAGCCCGAGAAGCAGCCGAUGAACGCGGCGGCCGGGGCGGCCGGGGUGGCCGCGGCGGGCGGCGCCGAGAAGAACGGCCUGGUGAAGAUCAAGGUGGCCGACGACGAGGCGGAGGCGGCGGCCGCCAAGUUCACGGGCCUGACCAAGGAGGAGCUGCUGAAGGUGGCCAGCAGCCCCGGCUGGGUGCGCACGCGCUGGGCGCUGCUGGUGCUCUUCUGGCUCGGCUGGUUCGGCAUGCUGGCGGGCGCCGUGGUCAUCAUCGUGCAGGCGCCGCGCUGCCGCGAGCUGCCCGUGCAGCGGUGGUGGCACAAGGGCGCCCUCUACCGCAUCGGCGACGUCAAGGCCUUCCUGGGCGGCGACGCGGGCAACCUGGAGGGCCUCAAGGGGCAGCUGGAUUACCUGAACAGCCUGAAGGUGAAAGGCAUAGUACUGGGCCCGCUUCACAAGAACCCAGAAGAUGACUUCCAUCAAACCAACCUGAACGAGGUCGACCCAGCUUUGGGCUCCAAGGAAGACUUUGAGGCUUUCCUGCAGUCGGCCAAGAAAAAGAGCAUCCGGGUCGUCCUGGACCUCACUCCCAACUACAGGGGCCAGAACUCCUGGUUCCAGCCCAUGGACUCGGACGUUGUGGCCAUCAAGGUGAAGGAUGCUCUGAAUUUCUGGCUGAAUAUUGGCGUAGAUGGGUUCCAGGUGCGGGAUGUGGAGGCGCUCAAAAACGCACCUUCAGUCUUGGCUGAGUGGCAGAACAUCACCAAGAGCUUCAGUGAGGAUAGCCUCCUGAUUGCCGGGACCAACUCCUCGGACCUGGCGCAGAUCCUGCACCUUCUCAGCGUCAGUAACGACGUCUUGUUGACCAGCUCCUACCUGGCCCACCCCAGCCACAGCGGGGAACAGGUGCAGUUGCUCAUCACCCAGUACCUGAACGCCACGGACAAUCGCUGGUGCAGCUGGAGUUUGUCGCAGGCUGGGCUCAUGACGUCCAUCUUGCCAGCUUCGCUCCUCCGACUCUACCACAUGUUGCUCUUCACCAUACCGGGGACCCCAGUUUUCAGCUAUGGGGAUGAGAUUGGUUUGGAGGCGGCUGUCCUUCCCGGUCAGCCUAUGAAGGCCCCGGUCAUGCUGUGGAACGAAUCCAGCAUCCCCAGCGCCAUGGGGCCUGUAGACCCCAACAAGACGGUGAAGGGCCAGAGCGAAGCGGCGGGCUCCCUGCUGUCGCUGUUCCGGAGGCUGAGCGAGCAGCGGACCAAGGAGCGCUCCCUGCUUCACGGGGACCUGCACCUGCUCCCCGCGGGGCCCGGCCUCUUCGCCUACGUGCGUCAGUGGGACCAGAACAAGCGGUUCCUGGUCCUGCUCAACUUCAGGGACACAAACCAGGCGGUGCGGCUGGGGGGCACCCGGCUGCCCAUGGGCGCCAGCCUGCCCACCAGCGUCGACCUGUCGUUCGGCACCCACGAGGGCCGCAGCGAGGGCUCCCCCUUGGAGCUGAACAAGCUGGACAUGAAGCCCCACGAGGGGCUGCUGUUCCACUUCCCUUACGUGGCCUGACCCCAGCCCACGAUCCCCCCUACACCCCCACCCCUGUUUC